UACAAUUAUAAUUUAAAAUUAUUAUUAUUGUAAUUGUUUAGAAAAAACUAACUAAUUUAAUAAAUUGUAAAAAUGUUAAAUUUAUUUAUUAUAUUAUUUUCUAUAAUACUUUACUGUCAAUCAACAGUCAAUGGCUUAGACUUUGAGUGUCCCACUAAAGACAUUAUUGAAACCAAAUGUUUGGGUCCCAGUGAUUGUCUGUAUGCCCAUCCAUACAGGUGUGACCAGUUUGUUCUCUGUUUGAUCAAUAAAGAUGGCAAAACUGGUCGUCCCGUAGUUAAGACCUGUCCUCAAGGACUCGAGUGGAACGACAACACCAAAAGCUGCGAUUGGCCCCAAUCGUCGACAUGUCGUCAAUUACGAUGCCCGGUGUGGGACAUAAUUAGGACCAAAUGUUUGGGACCGAAAGACUGUCUGUACACUAAUUGGCUUAACUGUAAUACAUACAUACAGUGUACUGUCAAUCCAGACGGCCGUACCGGUAGACCGGUAGUGAUGCCGUGUCCGGCGGGUCUCAAAUGGAACAACAGGAAUAAGGUGUGCGAUCGCCCGGAGCGGGCAACCUGUCGACACUAAACUAAUUACUAAAAUUUGAUGAUUGUGUUUGAAAUAAUAUAAUAAUUAUUUCAUAAUUUCGAUAAUUAUUGCCUAAAUAUGAUAAUAUACUAUAUUUCAAUUAUUUUUCUUUAA